CGAACGUCAGCUACCUCCACGCGGUUUUGACAGCUCAUCAACAAAACAUUGCCAACGUUUUUUUGUGUUGUUGUUUUGUUGCCGUUGUUGCAAGUGCUUCCAGUGUGUACCACCAUCCGUACGGCAACAAUACACAGACGCAACAGGAAGUGGAAUUUCCUCUCCGAAGGAUAUACAAAACCCGAACCGACGAGCAACAAAACGCAAGCAAUCAAAGCAAGCCGACUGUACUAGUAUCGACUGUGAGUAACGUUUUGCUCUCGGUUGUUUAUAAAGCAGCAGCAGCAGAAAAACAUCUGUUUCGCGAGGAAAACGCGCACCGUCCUCGCACUAAACGAGUGGAUAACGGGUUGGAAGAGGCAGGGAGACUGACCGGGAUACGGACGACGACAACGUAUAAAGCACGACGCAGCCACGAUGAGCCGGCUAUUCGGUAGUAGUAGUGGUUCGGUGCUCGGUACGGCCGGAAGCAAAAUGUCGACGUUCCGCAAAGUGACCCACUGUAUCUUCGACAUGGAUGGGCUGUUGCUCGACACGGAAAAUCUUUACACGCAGGUAACGCAAUCGAUCGCGGAACCGUACGGCAAAACGUACACGUGGGAGAUCAAGCAAACCAUCAUGGGCCUUCAGCGGGAUGAGGCGGCCGAAGCGAUUGUGGCCGCACUAGAGCUUCCGCUGACGCCCGCCGAGUACGUGCAGAUAUCGACCGAACGCAUAAAUCGCGUCAUGGAGCAAUGCCAGCUGAUGCCAGGUGCCGAACGGUUGGUACGUCAUCUGCACAAACACAACGUACCGAUCGCGCUCGCCACCAGUUCCGGGGCCGAUUCGGUCGAGGUGAAGACAAAGAACCAUCGCGAGCUGUUCGAGCUGUUCGGCCACAAGGUGAUGGGUUCGUCCGAUCCGGAGGUGAAGGAGGGCAAACCGGCGCCCGACAUUUUUCUGGUCGCGGCCGCCCGUUUCCAAGACCGUCCCGCACCCGACCAGUGCCUGGUGUUUGAGGAUGCACCGAACGGUGUGACGGCCGCCAUUGCGGCCGGAAUGCAGGCCGUCAUGGUGCCCGAUCCGCACAUCGAGGAAGACCAGCGUAAGCACGCCACCGUAGUACUGAAAUCCCUCGAGGACUUCCGCCCAGAGCAGUUUGGACUGCCAGCGUUUACGUGAAAACCCUGCUGGUCGAAGGGUGGAUUUUAAUCGAUGCUGCCGCCGCCAUACCGGUCGUCUGAGGGGCUUUGAGUCCUGUUUUAGGGAGCGCACCACCGUGUGAAUUUUUAUUUUUUGAAAAAACAAACGUGCAAGCAAAUGAUUCAGUCGCAUAGGACGCGCACAAAGCAUUAUCAACUCGCGAAACCGAAAAACCAACCCAUGCACAAUUGUGCUUGUGUUUUUGAUUUUGAUUUCUGAUCCAACAGCUUUUAGUGCGAUGUAUGAUGUCGUUAGAACGAGAAAGUGCUUGAACGUCGUAAAGCAAUGCAGAGAAAAAGAAAUAAAUACAACGUUGUGAUUGUAAGCAAAAAUA